UUUUCUUGUUCUGGAAACAAGCGGAGGCAGCAACAAGUUAAGCUGAAGACGGAGCAAGAGCUGGGUCAGGUGGCAGCCACAGCAGGCACAGGGACCACAGCAGGCACAGGGACCUCAGCAGCUAUGGCCUCCUGCCCAGACUCAGACAACAGCUGGGUGCUUGCUGGCUCAGAGAGCCUGCCCGUGGAGACCUUGGGCCCGGAGUCUCCCCAGGAGAACCCAGAGUCUGAGAGAGCCCCCAAGACUCCUCGGAGCUCCCCCAAGACAGAUGGGGAAGAAUUAGCUGAGACUUUGGAUGGAGAAGGGACCUUCUUCCAGACUGGAAGCCCCCAGGCUAGCACCAUUCUUCCAGAGGAGGCUGAGGCCAAGGGUGCCUGGGAAGGUGAUGGCUGUGAACUGGAGCCCACUGGCCCAGGAGACACAGUGGUCCAGGGAGACUUGCAGGAGACUCCUGUGGCAACAGGCCUGGGACCAGACACACAGGACCUGGAGGACCAGAGCCCUCUGCAAGACCUGCCCUCAACCCCAAAAGCAGUGUGGACCAGGGAGGAGGGCCACUGCUCCAGCAGUGAGAAUGACACCGAUGACCUAGACAUGGAGGGUCUUCGGAGACGGCGGGGCCGGGAGCCUCACCUGCCCCAGCCUGUGAACCCCCAGGACGUGGCAGACCAGGCUGAGUGUGAGGGUGCAGGUGGGGAACUGGGCUUCUCCCUCAACUUGUGCCUUCUCGGGGCCCUGGUCCUGCUGGGCCUGGGCUUCCUGCUUCUGUCUGGUGACUUCUCAGAGUCUGAGACAAAGCCCUUGGAGGAGGCAGAACUGCAAGUCUUCCCGGACAUGGGGUCUGAUACUGAGCUGUUGGAUGCUGUGGGGGAUGGGCAGAACAAGCUUGGGGAACAGCUGCAGGCCUCAGUGCCUCCUGACAGUGUCCCCAACCUACAGAACAUGGGCCUUCUGCUGGAUAAGCUGGCCAAGGAGAACCAGGACAUCCGGCUGCUGCAGGCCCAGCUGCAGGCCCAGAAGGAAGAGCUUCAGAGCCUGAUGCACCAACCCAAAGGGCUAGAGGAGGAGAACACCCGGCUCCGGGGGGCCCUGCAGCAGGGCGAAGCUUUCCAGCGAGCUCUGGAGUCAGAGCUGCAGCAGCUGCGGGCCCGGCUCCAGGGGCUGGAGGCUGACUGCAUCCGGGGCAUAGAUGGGGUGUGCCUCCAUUGGGGCAGAGGCCUGCAGGGUGGCAAGGAGCAAGGUCCCAGGGGUCAGGAGCCAGACCCAGGCUUUCUAGAGCAUAAGGAACAGCUGGAGGCUGAGGCCAAGGCAUUAAGGCAAGAGUUAGAGAGGCAGCGGCGGCUGCUGGGGUCUGUACAGCAGGACCUGGAGAGGGGCUUACGCGAUGCUGGCCGGGGGGACCCAGCUCAUGCUGGCCUGGCUGAGCUGGGCCAUAGAUUGGCCCAGAAACUUCAAGGCCUAGAGAACUGGGGCCAGGACCCUGGGGUGUCUGCCAAUGCCUCAAACGCCUGGCAUCAGAAGCCCCAUUUCCAGAAUUCCAAGGAGUGGAGUAGAAAGGACCAGUGGCGGGAUGGGCAGACGGGCCGGAAGGCUGAGCAUUGGAAGCAUAAGAAGGAGGAGUAUGGCCGGGGAAAGAAGAAGAGUUGGGGUGGUGAGGAAGACAGGGAGCUGGCAGGGAGGCAGGAGGAGCUCAAGCCACAUGUAGAGGAGUGGGGGAGCAAGAAGGAUAGCAGACGGCAGGGCCCCAAGGAACACCCAAGGAAAAGUGGGAGCCCCCACUUCUCUGGAGAAAAGCAGAAGCAUCCUCGGUGGGAGGAAGGGGCAAAAGGCCAUCAUGAUCCCCUGCCACCCUGGGCAGAGCUGUUGAGGUACAAGUACCGGGCACCCCAGGGCUGCUCAGGUGUGGAUGAGUGUGCCCGGCAGGAGGGUCUGACCUUCUUUGGCACAGAGCUGGCCCCAGUGCAGCAACAGGAGCUAGCCUCUCUGCUGAGAACAUACCUGGCACGGCUGCCUUGGGCCGGGCAGCUGACCACAGAGCUACCCCUCUCACCCACUUACUUCGGUGAAGAUGGCAUCUUUCGUCAUGACCGCUUCCAUUUCCGGGAUUUUGUGGAUGCCUUAGAGGACAGCCUAGAGGAGGUGGCCAUGCGAGAGACAGGUGAUGAUGACCAGGUGGAUGACUUUGAGGACUUUAUCUUCAGCCACUUGCUUGGAGACAAAGCUCUGAAGAAGAGGUUAGGGAAGAGGAAUAAGCACUCCAGGAGGCCCAGGGAGGAACACAGCCAUCACCACCACCACCACCGGGGCUGAGGCCCUGCCCUGGAGGUCAGGCUCAGACCAUUAAACUGGGUAUCUCUCCUGGUUUGUUUGGUGUCCUUGGCUAUCCUCCACAGAGCAGAGUGAAGCCCACCGUGCACUGACGCCACUUCUGCUAGAAAAAGGCCUUAGCUGGACCUGCCUUGCUGUCUGUACAAAAUAUGCAAAAGCUCAGGGCCCAGGGAUGCCCCGCUGCGGUCUGAUUGUGUUCUGUCACUGUGAAGGGGAGCUGGAGGGGAGCCUGUUUUCUAGGGUGGAGUAGGUAUGGCAACCCAAUCCUGAAGCCAAAGAGCUCUGUCCUCUCUUGGGUGUGUCUGUGGACCCUCUGGCUCUGCAGGCUGACCAGUGCCCCUUGGAUUUGACUAGAGCUGCUGGCUGGAGGCCCAGCACAAGGACUUUCCCUGGGGUUUUGUUAGGUUUGGAAGCAGCUGUCCCUGGGGAGUGAACCCCCCUUUUACCCCCACCUCUCACGUGGCCUCAUGGCCUCACCACUGUGUGUGAACUGUAGACUCAGAUCCAGUGGGCACUGCAGGAGCUGUGGCAGGGGUCUGCCUGGUGUGACUUCUUCCCAGGCCUGGUUCUGCCCCAUAUCCCACCCACCACAGCCCUCCUAGCACACCCUGGAUUUUAGGCAGGAACUCCCCAUUUUGCUCACAGCUGCCCUGGCUGCACCUGGGAGGUUGAGAAACAGGAGUGUGGAUUUUGGAAUCUGAGCCUUGGGCUCAAAUCCAGGCCAAAUGAUCUUGAAAUAAUUAAUUUCUGGGAAUGUUUGGGUUUCCUGUCCUCAAAAAGGGGCAUUGAAGGACUGAGGAAGAGAUCAAAUAAAGAAUGUAAGAAAAAUGA